AUGCGUUCGUCAAGCAUCACCCAGCUUUCGCUCUUCGCUUUUGCAGCCCUUUGUGUUGCGGCGCCAACUCCUGUUACUGCACCGAUGGAUGUAGCUGUUGAGUAUGCUCGUGCUGCUCAAGAUUCUCCAAUCAAUCUUGUUGAGCUUAGCAAUAAGAAGCGUGAUGGUCCUAUCGAUCUCAUCCAACUUCCUGAGAAGCGACAAGAUUCCUCCAUCAAUCUCGUUGAGCUUAGCAACAAGAAGCGUGAUGGUCCUAUCGAUCUGAUCCCGCUUCCUGAGAAGCGACAAGAUUCCCCCAUCGACUUAAUCCAACUUCCUGAAAAGCGUCAAGAUUCUCCAAUCAACCUUGUUCAGCUUCCUGAAAAGCGCGAUGGUCCCAUUGACUUGAUCCAGCUUCCCAAGCGUGACGGUCCAAUUAACCUCAUCGAACUCAGCAACCGCCAAACCAGCAAAUACAAAACCAUCCGCACUCGCACCGCUCGCACCGCUCAAGAUCCACCCAUCAACAUCGCCCAACUCCCCUCAAAGCGUGACGGACCCAUCAACCUCAUCCAACUCGACGGCGCCGAACAUCUGGAAACCCGACAAAAUGACUGUGGGUCUUCACCUUACCAAAACCCAUGCAGUGCGGGUACUGACUUGAAUAUUCCUGCUUUUGCUGCUAUGGCUAUGGCUUUUGCGGCUAUGGGUGCUGUUAUGUUGGGUUGA